AUGAUUCGACAAGACGUCCAUCGCAUUGAUCCCAAACGACGGGCUGUUAUUGACCCUAGAAAAAGACAAUUUGCUACCCCAGCGUACAAGCAGCAGGACUAUGCUCACCGUCUGAACAUUUAUGAAAUACCUCCUACCGCGGAGAUCACCCUCGAACAAUUCGAGCAAUGGGCCAUUGACAGACUGAAAAUCUUGGCCGAAAUCGAAGCAUGCUCUUAUAGAAACAAAUCCCCCGCCGAGACGGCGACCUACAUUACACCCCUGCUACAGAAAUUCCUCCCUCUCUCCUCCAAUACAUCCUCUCCCUCUGGCGCUGCAGACCCCCGCUUGAAAAAUGAGCGCCAAAAGGACCAUUACUCCCAUUUCAUCCUCCGGUUGGCGUUCUCGGCCACAGAGGACCUCCGUCGGCGUUUCGCCCGCGCCGAGACCAUGCUGUUUAGAUUUCGUUUCCAGCAGGACGACUCGAGGGAGAAGCGCGCAUUCAUCGAUAGCUUGAAUCUCGAUUGGGAACCUGUGGGUGACUUUGAAAAGACGGAGAUUGCGGAAAGUCUCCUCAGCUCCACGCCCGGGCUGCGUCGGCUUGAUGAUGAGACCUGGUAUAAAGUCGAUUGGGAGAAGGUUCCCGAACUGGUCGAACGGCGCGCGGUUUUCCUGAAAAAAGGCAAAGCUUAUGUUCCUGGUCGAGAGCAGCUGAGCAUGAUCAUGGCUGAGUUUACCGCUCGCUUGGAGCGCGCACUCGAGCUCACGAGUCGUGCCCUCCCUCGUUUGGACGAGGAUGAUCGUCUAACGCCUAUUCUCAAUCAUCUUUCAAAGAACUUCGGCAGCGCCGAGUCGGUAUACUCGGAAGGCGAAGGGUAUGUGGACGGAUCUCCGAUCACGGCCAGCUCCAUCGACCAACUGGCCCAACAGCAUUUCCCGUUGUGCAUGAAGAGCUUGCACGUGAACUUGCGCAAGAACAACCACCUGAAGCACUUCGGUCGACUACAGUAUACGCUCUUCCUGAAGGGUAUUGGCUUGUCCUUGGAGGAGUGUAUUUUGUUCUGGCGUCAGUCGUUCAAGGGCAAGACCGAUGACGAGUUCAACUCCCAAUACAAGUACAAUAUCCGUCACGCCUAUGGCGAGGUCGGUGGGGAUGUGAAUCGUCGCGGAAAGGGCUAUACUCCCUACUCGUGCCAGAAGAUCCUCGGCGAUUCGAAUCCCGGCAUUGGCCAGACUCACGGCUGUCCCUAUCGCCAUUACUCUGUUGAUAACUUGGUGGGCUUCCUCCAGGCCACUGGCGUCAAUGACAAGGAAGUCCUGCGGGGUGUGCGUGAGGACGUUGGUAAGAUGCGGUAUCACAUUGCUUGCAACAGAGUGUUCGAGGCGACACACAAGAAUGAGAUCAAGAAAGUCAAGGAGGAUGGCUCGUGGAGUCAGACUGACCUUGACACAAUUGUUCAUCCUAACACCUACUUCAAGCGCAGCUUCCUGUUGAAGCAGAUGACCAAGGCCCCGAAGGAUGCUUAG